UCGCGGCGCUGCGGGCCGCAGGCGCUCGGAGGGGACCCUAGAUUGGUGGGGGAACCCCAACCUGGGCGGCGCUUGGCUCGGCGAGCGAGCUAGCUGGGCGGUGGCGUGCGCCCCCGGGCCGCCCCGGCCACCGGUUCUUGGACGGGGAUCGGCGCCAGGGGCCGAAGAGCAGGGCAGACCUGGGUGCUGUGGAACCUCGAGCCCGGCGCGUCUGGAGUCGUAGCUUGGCACCUGAGCUCAGGGAUUGAGGUUUGGGCGCUGCCAGACCAGAGAUCGGGUGUGCUUCGCGUCCCCACUCAGGACCCUGACACGGGUGAGGCGGCCCUGGGAGUAUGAGCGGGCAGCGCGUGGACGUCAAGGUGGUGAUGCUGGGCAAGGAGUAUGUGGGCAAGACGAGCCUGGUGGAGCGUUAUGUGCAUGACCGCUUCCUGGUGGGGCCCUAUCAGAACACCAUUGGGGCCGCCUUCGUGGCCAAGGUGAUGUCAGUCGGAGACCGGACGGUGACUUUGGGUAUUUGGGACACCGCAGGCUCAGAACGCUACGAGGCCAUGAGCCGUAUCUACUACCGGGGCGCCAAGGCUGCCAUUGUGUGCUAUGAUCUCACGGACAGCAGUAGCUUUGAGAGAGCAAAGUUCUGGGUGAAGGAGCUCCGCAAUCUAGAGGAGGGCUGCCAGAUCUACCUGUGUGGCACUAAGAGUGACCUGCUGGAAGAGGACAGGCGGCGGCGACGAGUGGACUUCCACGAUGUCCAGGACUAUGCAGAAAAUAUCAAAGCUCAGCUCUUUGAAACAUCCAGCAAGACAGGACAGAGUGUGGACGAGCUCUUCCAGAAAGUGGCAGAGGAUUACGUCAGCGUGGCUGCCUUCCAGGUCAUGACAGAGGACAAGGGCGUGGACCUGGGCCAGAAAGCAAACCCCUAUUUCUACAGCUGUUGUCAUCACUGAAUCACCGCUUAACUGGCCUGGGGGAAUUAAAGGAAUUCCCCAAAGAGGUCAGACCCAGCUCUUGUCUGGGCUCGGGUGGUCAAAUGUCUGAGCUACCCCAGGUCUCUGUGGCAGCAGAGGUGGCACCUGCCUGUGCUGGCCCAUGGAACAGAGGCAGCAUUGGGCUGACUGACGGGCAUAAAGAGGGGAAGGGCUAAUUUGCACCCCAGGGUUCUGCCAUGGAUAACACUUGUGUCUGCAGAUGAUUUAAGUGGCUUCUGAUCUGUAAAUAAAAAUCAAUGCACUGUGAAUCACA